UGAGAGCAGCAAGCGAACUAAGGCCACAACAGAAACCCAUAGACGCCGUGUAGGACUUUGGUUACAGCACCUAAAGUUGUUUUAAGCUGUCCAUCUGCAUCUCUUAAGAACUGUGAGAUGAUAAGCUGGGAAAAUAACCUUGUUAUUCUGACUUGCAUCAGGCAGAUAAAGUUACAUGUGCUGUUUGUCAGCAUAAACGCCACUGCACCAAAAUCCUGCCUUGCUUCAGCACGCUCUCUCCGUGGUCUUACGAUGAAAACACCAGGCAUUUGCUGCUCGGUCUUUCCAAUUCCCACAUUGUAAAGCUUUAUUACAAGGCAGACCCUUCUCAGGCCUUUUGUUAUUGUAUCAACGCAAGAAGCACCGUCAGCAAAUCCCGCAGACGGUGAUGCUGCUUUCCCACAACAGCUGGUGAAGCUCUUCAGAUGUUUCCUUUGCUGUAGAGGCAGGGAAGUGUUGCUAGCAAGGGAGGCUUUCACCUUUCCCAUGCCUGGUCACACUGCCAGGGUGAAACUGGACUUUGGAAAAUUGGGAGAGCAGAGUUGGAGGAUAUCUGUGGCAGAACCUGUUGGCAAUCGUGCUUAAAAGUACGCAGCUUUGGUGAAAGGCAGUCGGUCAAAAGUUUGUUUUCCAGUUCAGUUAAGUCACAGCCUGUAUUGUAGACGGGUGAUUUUUCUGCCCAACAUUAACAUUUUCUGUUUAACCUUGGGAGGGGAAAUUGUCCGUGCCGGGUGCCUACAGGCUGAGGUAUUUCUGUAGGAAAACUGUAGCCAAAAUGUCUGAGAAAGCAUGGGAAAAACAGGCUGUUUUGCCAAUGUGGAAAGUUCUGGUGACCACCUCUCCUCCGCUCUCCCCCUUUCGAAACACGUUCUUGAAUUUUGGUCCUGGUGGAGAACAUCCUGUGGUCAGGGACAUGCCUUUGGCUUCGCCGCUAGCUUCAAAAAAACAACAUCCGCAAUAGUUGUCAGUGUUUAAACUGGAGGGAGUCCUGAGAGGGGAGGGUCAGUGCCCGCGCAGUCCGUGUUUGCAGUAAUAGCUGGUGGAACAGGGAGGCACCAGCUAAAUUUGUAGGUGAAACCGAGCUGGAAACAUUUUAGAGGAGAGACUAAGGCUUAACAAUUGUGGUCUAAAAAGUCAGGCACAGGUAUGUCCAGUCUCGUAGGGCUGCGCGGAUGCCGAGUGAGGGGCAGACGGCCAAGGCAGAGGUUUUGCCGGACAGCGUGCUGGGGUGUAUAAGCGCAAGUGUCACGUCAAAUGAGCGGAUGUCAGGAGGAGACAUGGCCAAACCCCUCCUGGGCCAUCGCAGUGUGGAGGGUGACCACAGUGUCACUCCUGCGGCCGGCCGCACCAUCGGGGUGCUGGGGAGCGGGGAUUUCGCGCGGUCGUUGGCCAUCCGCCUCGUCUGCUCCGGGUUCAAGGUGGUGGUCGGGAGCCGCAACCCAAAGCGCAAAGCCGGCCUCUUCCCUUCUGCAGCAGAAGUCACCUUCCAAGCUGAGGCAGUGAAGAAGACGGAUGUCAUUUUUGUGGCAGUUUUCAGGGAACAUUACUCCACGCUCUGUGACCUGGCUGAUGUGCUGGCUGGCAAGAUACUGGUGGAUGUUAGCAACAACACUGAAAUCAACCACCACAAAGAAUCCAACGCCGAGUACUUGGCUUCCCUGUUCCCCUCCUGCACCGUGGUCAAGGGGUUUAACGUCAUUUCUGCAUGGACGUUGCAGUCAGGUGCCAGGGAUGGAAAUAAGCAGGUUCUCAUUUGCUCUAAUAACCAAGAAGCCAAGCGCACCGUAGCAGAAAUUGCUCAAGCCAUGGGAUUCACCCCUGUGGACAUGGGCUGCCUGUCAUCGGCCUGUGAGAUUGAAAACAUUCCCCUGCGCCUCUUGCCAGCCUGGAAAAUCCCCAUCUUUUUGGCUUUGGGGCUCUUCCUUUGUUUCUUUACUUACAACUUGGUCAGACAGGUCAUCCACCCUUACAUCAGGGAGCAGAAGAACAAGUUCUACAAGAUCCCCAUCGAGGUGGUCAACACUACCCUGCCUUGCGUGGCUUACGUCAUGCUGUCUCUCGUCUAUCUGCCCGGGAUCCUGGCAGCCUGCUCGCAGCUGUACUACGGCACCAAGUACAGGCGUUUUCCAGAUUGGCUUGACCAGUGGCUCCAGCACAGAAAGCAGAUUGGCCUCCUGAGCUUCUUCUGUGCGGCUCUGCACGCCGUGUACAGCCUGUGUCUGCCCAUGCGCCGCUCGCACCGGUACCAGUUAAUUGAGACGGCCAUCAAGCAGGCUGUGGAGAAGAAGAUGACUAUCUGGGUAGAGGAGGAAGUCUGGAGGAUGGAGAUUUAUAUCUCCGUUGGAAUAAUUGCCCUGGGCUUGCUGUCGUUACUCGCCAUCACUUCACUUCCAUCCAUCGCCAACUCUCUCAACUGGAGGGAAUUCAGUUUCGUACAGUCCACCCUUGGAUUUAUUGCCUUGCUAAUUAGCACUCUUCACACGCUCACUUACGGGUGGUCAAGGGCCUUCGAUGAGAACCAGUACAAAUUCUACCUGCCUCCAACCUACACCCUCACGUUGCUCGUCCCAUGUACUGUGAUCCUAGCAAAAGUGAUCUUCACUUUGCCCUGCAUCCAUCAAAGACUUUUGCGAAUCAGGAGGGGCUGGGAAAAGGGGAGAUACGUGAAGUUCGUCCUGCCCAGCGCAACAGGGGAAUAUUCAAGUGGGGAGACCUCCAGCAAUGUGUAGCAAAGCCCCCGUUGUGACAGAGGAUUUCAAAGCACUAUCAACAUUUCUAUAAAGGUGUUUUUUUUUUUUUCCCCUUAAACAUACGUAUGUUUUGGUAUAAUUGUACUGUGGGUAAAUAAUAAAAUUUGGUGACUUUAGAGAAUGGAUUACCACAGAACUAGAUUAGGCAGUAGUAUUUAAACUAUAUCGCUGGUUUGCUUGGACAAUUACUGCCUUAAAGAUCACCGUGAAAGCUGAGCUAGCAGCACUGUUAUACAUGGAAAACUGAUGGGAUUCUGUUAGAUCAGUCACCUGAGAGGGUGGUUGGCAUCUCUGUAGCACUACUUCUCCGUUGCUUCCCUAUCCACUCUCACAAAUUUCAAUGCUUGUUUUUUUUUUUUUUUCUAAUAUGAAAGAGCACAGAUUUUCAGGCCCCUAUGUCAGGCAAGAAAUCUGGCCUCUUGAGUGUCUGGCUCAACCAAAGCAGUGAGGCUUAGGAACAUGAAUUGUCUCUGGUUUUGGUCUCCUCAAUGAACUCCACAGCCAAGUAAGAACAGAACAAUAUCCAUGUUACGUAGCGUCUGCUGAUUUUAGCAAAAGUAUCCAGCAAGUCCAAGUAGUCCCGGUUUUUGCAAGUACAGAUGGCACUUGUGUUCCUGUAAGCUGCCUGGCGCACAUUUAUAAGCUGUGGAAACAAAUCACCUUUUCCAGCAGUGUAACAGCGUUUGAAGAGGGAUGUCCCUAACAUUCAUGCCUCUCCUCCGCACUGCUGUCACUGGCAUGACACCUACUGCUGCCAUAUGUUCUCUGUUUUAUUAAACCAAAGAUUCAGGCAGUAUUUGAUGGAAAUAGAGUGAAGAUAAUUAUCGGAAUGACUUGCGGCUUUAUGAAACUGCAUGGAGAAAACCAAGGCCUUCUGGCAGGCCUUACAUCAAAUAAUAAGGCGAAACUUUUUGAAAACAUUGUCACCUGAGCAUUUCCACUUAUGCAGACAAAACAGCAGCUCUGAAACGCUUGGUUUCAGUAGCACUGAUAAGAUUUGUGAACUGUCUUGCAAAGGGAUUAAUGAGUCUUGACCACAAAGAAAAUACAGCAAAUACACAUUUUGGCCAUAGUCCUUCAUUGCCUUGCGCCUUAUAAAAUCACUUACUAGAUUGCACAGCAGGUAUCCAACGCUGCUUUUCCAGCUUUACACCCACCUUGGAUGAGGUACAGGGCAAUGAAGAAUUCUAUCCUAAUUUCAUUUUCUUCCUUUCUCUUCCCACCCCUUCAAGCUCUUGUUCUUUAUCAGCGUAGUUCUUUAGUUUUUGGAUGAUCCAAAUCAUUGGAAUGGGGACUAGACAGCCAUUCUUCCCAAAAGCUCAUUUAAAAUGCAGGCAAUCAAGAUGACACAAGAAAACUGCCUCAGAAGGUCAGAUGUAAGGACGCGGUUUUCUCACAGUUAAGUAAAAGACACUACUUAGUGUUGAACAUUGCUUUGAAAAAUGACAGCUGUCAGUAUCAAAUACGGUAUUAGCUUGUUAUUAGACGAGCUAAUAUAAGUGCGGAAAAUGGAUCAGUUGGGGGCACAUCAGCCCUUCUACAAGUCAGCAUCACCUCUGUAGCCUGGAUGAUUUCUGCAUGGACAGAGGAUUUUAAGAAUUCCCUGUUUGGCCUCAAAUGACUGCAGAGAGUAAUAUUCUCCAACUACUGCUCAAGCUGCCAAUGAUGAUACUCAGGGAUUUCAGUUCUUGCAUAAGGCUUACACUAAAGUCUCCAAACACCGUUUCUUUUCACUGAACAAAAGGAAAUCAGCAUGAGGGAAAUGCUAGGAUUUCAAAAUCAGCUGAUGAUUUUGUUGCAAAGAGGGGAAGUUACCAUUCUUUCCUGUUGUCCCGUUCAGAAAGUUGGUUAUUCAAGCCCCACCGCCACCACAACCAAGCCCAGAUCAGCAACUCAUAAAAACGCUCACCACGCAGAUAUGUUAACCAGUAAUAUUUGCAGUUGAAUGACAGGUUAAUUUUCCGCAUGGAUGUGAGACAGUUUCACCUGGUAUCAUUCCACCCACUCCCAUGUAACUCACCCUGGAGGUAAAAUUGGAUUCAGCAAGCUUGUUCUUUCCAGUCUCUGUUCCAUUUCAUCAUCAGCCAAAGCCAACAUAAAAGCAGCAGUUUGCACGUUUUCUGGCUACGAUAAAGUAUUCAAAUGCCUUUUUUUCCACAGCUAAGCUUCUUUUCACUUCUUUAGGUCAGGCAAGACUACUGCCUGCUGCCAGGAAAAAAAAAAAAAGGGGGUGUAGGAGGCAGGAAAGAAUAUUACGCAGUCUUGAAGGCUUUGCCUUCAAGAGGGAAAGGUAUGGUUUUACUGUGAGGUACUGCAAGGUCAGACUCACCUUUUUGCAUUGCAGAACUAAAGUCUGCAGCUUUGAUUUGUGUAACCUUCAUGCCCACGUACCCUUUCCCAUUGAUGGCCAAAGGGGCCAGGUACAGGAGAAGAAACAGAGUCAGGCACCCAGACCUACCCGUGGAGAGGGCUCUGUUGGUGAGUCAGCAAGGUGUUUUUCAGACAGACGCCAAGCCCUGCGAGUGGACAAGCUGGUUCAGAAGUCAUAUAGCUAACACAGCUCUGCAGCAUCUAACAACGGCUGAUUAGGGGCCUCCCGGUCUUUGCCAUCAUACGGUCUAACUAGUCGACAUCUCUUUAAAGACUGAAACCAACUCCUAUAAAUGCAGAACUAGAGCAGCAUUUCAAAUGGUGCCCUCUGUAGGUGUCUGUUCUUUAAAACCUUGGGCAAUGGUUCAAAUGAUCUGUUCUGAUUCUGGAAUACUGAAAACUGGUUUGAGGAAUUUUUAAAUGAUCUUCGCCUUUUUAAUUUUUUUUCCCUACUGCAUUAUUUGAUAUUGAUAAGAGUUUAGUGAGGUUAGCUUAAAAUUUCCUCAUCAACUUGUUUUGUAUUUGGAGUUACCAAAUAUAUAUAUAUAUAUAUACACACACACAUAUAUGUAUACACACACAUUUAUAUAUUUUAUUGCAGAAUACAUAGCUGGAAUGUAAAUUCUUUAUAUUUUUAUUUUCUGUGUUGCCUACUAUGUGCCUCUGGGAUAGGUGUGAACCAACUGAAAAGCUGUAAGAACAAGGCCAGUUUUAAUCAGUUCUCAUCAUUGGCCUCUGUAGCUAUAUAAAAGUUAUCCUGAACAGGUCUAUAAAGUUACAUCAGUACUCAU